UAUAUUACAGUUGAGCGGGAAGAUGUAUAAACAGAUGUAUAAACAGAUGUAUAGACUGAACGUGUAUCCAAUGAGAUCAAUGGUUUUGGAACAUGAAGGUGAGAGUUGUAAGAGUGGCCAAUCAGAUGGAUCCUGUACGCUCACCAAACAGCCUAAUGAUCGACCUAAGAUUGUUUCAGUCACCUGCUAGAAAAAGAUUAGAAGACAAGCACUCAAAAUAUGUAGCAAAAAGUAUAAACAUUCCAUCCCCCCAUCAACAAUCAUCUCAACCACAUUUGGUGAAUUCAUCCCAAUGGAGUCUGUCAGAGGAGAGAUCUCCUGCAAGCUUGACAGUAAGAACGUUUGCUAUGGCAGAGAGAUUGCAUGUUCCUGUUCCAGAAUCUUGUAUCAGUUUCGAAGAGUUCUGUGUUCGGUUUAUACAGAGGUGGUGGUUUCUCCAACGAGCCAACAAUAACAGUUUGUACAGUAUGACGUCAGAGGAGCGUAGUAUGAACUCAACAGGCUCGCUCACCAGAGACAAGGCUGCUACUAUCAUUCAGCGAUCUUGGAGACGGCACAUAGACAUACAAGUUUAUCACUAUUACAGAGAUCUUAUCAAGUUCUACUCGAGGGGCAACCCUCAGUUCAUGCUCAAGUGUAUCAACCCUAAAGAGGCUGCUUUGCUUGAUUUUGCUGCUGGAAUUCACAUUCGUUUCAGGCUAGCUGGGGAGAAGUUCCCUCCCAACAUCUACUACAAGAUCUUCACGUACCGUCCAGUGACAGAUGUCAACUCUUUCGCACCACGUGACUACACCGUAUCAAACUGGGCUGCUCCCGGUGCCACCGUCAAAAACAGCAAAGUAGACAAUCCUAAUGAUAGGGAGGAUAUUGUUACAGAUUUAUCUAGAUGGUAUCAAAGAAGAGAGAACAAUGGUUGGAGACUGGUUUCAGAUAGAAUCUUCACCAGCAUGGAAACAGACUCUCUGUUACAAGAAUCAAAUUCUGAACGGAAAUUCUUCCACUUUUCGAGACUGCGGCGACAGAAAGAUGUGGACAACAAAAGGAAGGUUAAGAAGCGUCAAUGGAUGGCAAAUAUGUACAAGCAAGGAAAAGAAACUGAACGUGACUUGACGGAAUCAGAGAUCGAAGAAAUGGUAAACUGGUGUGACGAUCUUAACUUUGACAACUACGUCAAUAACUGGCUGGAGCUGGCAACUGCAGUCACAUUGCCAAAUUGUGAGUACGCCAAGAUGGACGACAGACAAACUGAAAACUCAGCAUUUUGAAGCACGUGAAACGUUGAGAAUUGAGAUGUCUACUUCCGACUAAGACUCGUCAACCAGAUACAGCUUUCCGGUUGUUUGAUAGAUGGUAUUUGGAUUUUAGAAGUCCCAAGUUUAUAAAUUGUAAUUUAUUUAAAUUGUUGGAGGAUUCCUAUGUAUGGCAUGAGCAGGUUGACGUUUUGGAUAUUAUCCACCUCAAAUCCGAAUUCCUUCAACAGACUCUAGUCCUUAUUGCUUUAUUGUUUGGAGAUAAAAUAUCAAAAAAGAUAUGAUUUUAACCGUUCAACUGUCAAUUGAUUAUUUGACAUCUUAGUAUGCAAUAAUCGUUCUACUGCAAUAAUCUUUGUGACUUUUAA